AGAGAAAAGAGAGAGAGUGUUCGGAGGGCGCAUGCGAACUGAGGCCCACGGGGGAAGCCUCCACAGAUCCUAUCCAGCUGUAAAUAUUUCAAGAGGGGAAGGAGAGAAGGAUAAAGGGAGAAACGCACACUGGCGGUGUGUCUCCUAUACCUCUCUUCACAAAAGGCUGAGCAGCCAGGGAGCUUCAGACUCUGGGCAUCUUGAGUUUCCUGGAUCCCACGACACUGGGCUUCCUAGUUGCUCCGGGGGAACAGAAGGUAUGCUGGUGGAGAAGGGGGGGUUUGAGCCACACUGCCCGACCCUGGGGUUAAGCGGAAUCAGGCUCGGGGAGCUGUGAACACGAGGAGGAGGGAGAGACCGCUAGUGGGAGACCAGCCGAGCUCCUGCUUCGAAUCUGGCCAGCGGGAGAGGGAGAGAGAGAGAGAGAGAGGAGGACAUGGCCACGGGCGAGAUCACCACACUUCCUUCCACUCCUGAUGACGGCGGUAGCAGUGGCUUUCCCCCAGGAAACUUUAAAGAUCCCAAGAGGCUGUACUGUAAAAACGGAGGCUACUUCUUGAGGAUUAACUCUGACGGGAGGGUGGAUGGUAUCCGGGAGAAGAACGACCCCCACAUCAAGCUUCAACUCCAGGCGAUAUCAGUGGGGGAGGUGGUGAUCAAAGGAGUCUCAGCCAACCGCUACCUGGCCAUGAACUCGUCCGGGAGACUGUUCGGAGCCAGACGUCCUACGGAUGAGUGCUACUUCACCGAGAGGCUUGAGAGCAACAACUAUAACACCUAUCGCUCCAGGAAGUACCCCGAGAUGUACGUGGCCUUGAACCGCAACGGACAGUUUAAGUCAGGAUCCAAAACCAGCCCUGGACAGAAAGCAAUCCUCUUCCUCCCCAUGUCUGCCAAGUUCUGAUCCCAGGAGUCAUCGCAGGGAGCGUUAAAGAAGGUUUGCGCUGGAACGACUGUGACUAUACCCUCAUCCGUCGUGAUAGAUGUCUUUAGAAAUCAUCACCGAAACAGUACAUAAUGUGAGUUUAACGAUGGCUGCUUUAUUGAAUCUGAGUUUGUUUUUUGUUUUUUUCCUUUAUAUUU